CUCUCUUUAUCUUGAAAUCAUUAUUAUGCCUGGAAAUGUUGACUCUGAAUUCAUGUUAUUUUGGGUCGGCGGGGAGCAGCAAGGUACAGCUUUUCUGGGACACAAGGUCAUACGGUAUUGGCUAAAACUCAAAGGAAUUCAAAAGGAAAGUCGUGGUGAAGAUAGAGUUGAGAAGAGGGCCACAGGUUUUGGUCACUGGUUGUUUCCUGAUUAAUUUUCAUUGAGGCAUUUUGUCAAACACUAGUUGGUGGUGACACUCUUAAAAAAAGUCCACAAAACAACAAAAUGGUAAGAUGGUCUUUGGUGUUGAUUUGUCAGCAAAAUCAACCCACUGAGAUUAU